GCGCAAAUUUCACUGAAUUCGUAUGGUUUCGUUACUGAAUUCAAACACCCUCAAUUCUUUGAAUAAAAAGCCGAAGAGGAUAGCGAUUAACAGGAAGACGUCCACUUUUAUUUCCCUAUAAUUCGCUGUGAUUUGGUCGCCAGAAACGGACAAUAUUUGCCAAGAAAUCCACACUGAACAGUGAACACUAAUACCGGUCAUUGCGUAAUUGAACUGGACGAUAUAUAUAUAAUAUACUAAAAUGAACCAACCUGAACCUGCUGCCGAAUUUAAGUUGGUCCUCUGUGGUGAUGGUGCCACUGGCAAGACCACAUUUGUAAAACGACACAAAACUGGUGAAUUUGAGAAGAAAUAUGUUGCAACUUUGGGAGUGGAAGUUCAUCCUCUUAAAUUCUAUACCAAUCGUGGAGUGGUCCAGUUCAACGUCUGGGACACAGCAGGUCAGGAAAAGUUUGGAGGGCUUCGUGAUGGUUAUUACAUUGGCGCACAUUGCGCUAUAAUCCUUUUUGAUGUCACUUCAAGAGUUACCUAUAAAAAUGUUCCUAACUGGCAUAGAGACCUCAUUCGUGUUUGCGAGAACAUUCCUAUUGUCAUGUGCGGAAAUAAAUGCGAUGUCAAGGAUAGGAAAGUAAAAGCAAAGAAUAUCACAUUUCACAGGAAGAAAAAUUUGCAGUACUAUGACAUCAGUGCGAAGAGCAACUACAACUUUGAGAAACCAUUUUUAUGGUUGACGCGAAAACUCACAGGUGACCCAAACCUAGAGUUCACAGAAAUGCCUGCCCUGCUACCACCUGAAGUUACCAUGGAUCCCAGCAUGCAACAGGCAUGCGAAGCUGAGCUUAAACAAGCUCAGGAAACUGCACUACCAGAAGAUGACGACGAUGAUCUAUAGAAUUGACGUUUUUUAUAAAGAAUUGGUUUGCAUUUUAACUGAGAUCUUUGUAACCGCACGAUUUUACCACAGAAAGAAAAGUUCUUAUCUAAUUAAUAAUCUGUUA